AUGAGUCCAUCACCAGUCUGGUGUGAAGGUACUCUUCUCCAUGCUGUUCAACUAUCCGGCCUCUUCCCCGAUUGUAAAACAUUCGUGGAUAUGCCAUUGAAGCAUGAUGCGGAAGUCACUCUGGCCAAAUGGAAUGCCCUAAUGGCACUUUCUCCGAUCACAAAUGACGUGUUAGCCCUCUUCCUUCGGGAAAACUUCGAUGAACCAGAAGGAGAACUUGAAGAAUGUGCACCACUUGAUUGGCAACCAAUGACAGAUCAAUUUGGCAACAUUGUAGAUGAAGAUUAUAGGAAAUUUGCGGCCGCUUUGCAUGCCAAAUGGCCAACAUUAUAUAGAAGAAUUUCAAAAAAAGUACGUGUCAAUCCCGAAAAAUAUUCAAUUAUCCCGGUUCCGAAUCCCUUUGUUGUUCCCGGUGGAAGAUUUCGUGAAAUGUAUUAUUGGGAUUCAUUCUUCACAAUCAAAGGACUUAUUGCAUCCGGAAUGUUGAUUACUGUACGAGGAAUGAUUGAAAAUAUGAUUUAUCUAGUCGAGACUUACGGUUUCAUCCCAAACGGUACUCGUAUUUACUAUCUCAACAGAUCCCAGCCACCACUUUUGACGUGGUGUGUGAAAGCAUAUUAUGAAGCAACUGGAGACAAGGAAUUCUUGAGAGACACACUUCCAACAUUGCGGAAGGAGCUCUCUUUCUUCCAAACCCACAAAUCAUUCCGUCGGCCUGAAUGGAGUGCUCCACUCUAUCGAUUCGUUGUCGAUACGACUCGUCCACGACCUGAAUCAUAUCGAGAAGAUCUUGAAAGUGCCGAACAUUUAGACUCAUUUGAUAAGAAAUGUAUUCUGUGGGGAGAUUUAGCUGCAGCUGCGGAGAGCGGUCGUGACUUUUCAUCUCGAUUCUUUGCUGUUCAUGGGCCAUAUGCUGGACAAUUGGCAAGCACGAGAACAUCUCAACUGAUCCCAGUCGACUUGAAUUCCAUAAUUUGUGGAAAUAUGAAGACGUUGAGUGAGAUGUACGUUAUCUGCGGAGAGACUGACGAAGCACAGUACUUCUACAAUGAACAUCGACUGCUGAGAGCCACAAUUCGUCAAGUCCUCUGGAAUGAAGAACACAAUUGUUGGUUCGAUUACGAUUUGGAAGAAGGAAAACAUGCGGAGAGCUUCCACGACACUAACUUUUUCCCGAUGUAUUGUGACAGUUAUCAUGAGGAUCUUGAUUCACAAGCUAUUGUCGACUACUUGACAUCUUCUGGAGUGGUCAGUUUUCCGGGUGGAAUUCCAGUUUCUUUGGUCAACUCUGGUGAACAGUGGGAUUUCCCGAACUGUUGGCCGCCAACUACUUGGGUUCUUCUUGAGGGAUUGAGAAAAGUAGGUCAAGAAGAGUUAGCAUUGAGUCUGGUGGAGAAGUGGGUGCAGAAGAAUUUCAAUAUGUGGAGAGCUAGUGGAGGACGGAUGUUCGAGAAGUACAAUGCGGUGUCACCGUGCUACAAAGUGAAAGGAGGUGGUGAAUAUGUGAUGCAAGAAGGUUUCGGAUGGACGAAUGGAGUUGUUCUCGACUUUCUCAAAAACUAUGGAUCACAAAUCAGAUGGAAAGUCUACGAAUCAUGUGAAUGCUGUGAUGUCACACUAUCAAGAACACUCAUCAAACCAACAUCUCCUUCUCCAUCAUCCUCUUCAACUGCUCGCCUCUUCGCCAGCGAUUUGACACAGACACCUUCUGUUGUGUCACUUCAAUCGAUGCUGUCAGAUAGUUCAAUUCAGAAUUAA